CAUGUCUGAGGCCCUUCUCGUCCCAGCAGAGGCUCUGGCCAGCCAGGGCACUUGGGCCUUCCCCGGUACAUAAUUACUUGAAUAAUGUUGGAUAUUUAAGUUUACGUAUUCUAAGAUAAGUAGGAAGCUGACCUUGUAUUUUUUUCUUGUUUGACUGCCCAGACAGUAUAGCCCUUUGUCCCCUUCUGAGUGGCCCAGUAUUGUAGCAAUUUGCCAUUUUCUUAACAGAGGCUCUGUCCUGAUGGGGUCUUGUCUUCUGGAAUGACAUGAGGGAGUUGACUUAUGUGUUGGAGGAGAUAGGAGGGAGUGUUACCACAUGGGGGAAGUUGGGGGUCUUCUGGUUUCUUCUGACUGCUCCCCUCAGGACCAAGAGUGGUUGGAGGCAGGCUGGGGAGGAGGGCAGGUCGUGCAGAUCCUCAGGAGAUGGAAAAUGCCCGGGACAGACAGGUCAGAAACAGAUUCAAUACUUAGAAUGGCACAGCUUAGUUUAUGGAUUUUUUAUUUUAUUUUUUGGUACCAAGGAUUGAACCCAGGGGUGCUUAACCAUGAGCUACAACCUCAGCCCUUACUUGCAUUUUAUUUAGAGACAGGGUCUCACUGAGUUGUUUACACCUUGCUUUUGCCGAGGCUGGCUCUGCUCCUCCUGCCUCAGCUUCCUGAGCUGCUGGGAUUACAGGCGUGCCCCACCACGCCCAGCCAGUUCAAGGAAUUUUGACACACCUGUGACAUUGAUUCCUCUUAAAGGCCUGGUGAAGUCAGUGGUGUUCUUGUCUCCAUUCUACCUGGGAGAGAUUAAAUUCCCUGCUUGAGGUCCUACAGCUAGGAAAUAGUAGAGGCAGGAUUAGCACCAAAUUGGGCAUUCUUGGCUUCUCCAGCCUGGACUGGCAGCACCUCCUGAGAGCCCUCUGGCAGCGCUGGAUGCCCUGAGGUGAGGUGUCCCCACUCGGUGCAUUCCUGUGUACAUUCUGUGUAGCGCAUCUGCAGCUCUGCUUGGAACAGGUUUCUCCUGGUUCCCCAGGUGUGCCCAGACCAGUGGUGGUAGAUGUUUAACAGCAAGUUUUCUCUGAGCUACGAGAAGCCCUGAUUGUAACAUUUACCAAUUUCCAAUUCUCCCACAUCGGCCUAUUUCAAGCUACCAACUGAAUGAGAAGUUGGAAAGAGAUGUAGGCAUCUGGCUUUCUAAGCCCUGUCAGAGCUGAUUCUAGCACACCUCUGACCCAGACCCAGUGGCUUUGACUUGGUCUGAACCAUGGACACUGCUCUUGGUCUUGGUGAGGGAACAGUGGAGAGGAUGGGCUGGGGGUCCCCCUGUGGUCAAGUGCUGGCCCCAUCACUUGUCUACUAUGUGACCUCAGGCUGGUUACUUAACCUCUUUGCCUCCUUUCCUCAACUGGCUUCAUCGACUGUUGAAUGCAGAGUUAACGAGCACAGUGUCACUGGUGCUCAAAACUAGCACUUUGCUGUUACUAAUGAUACAUUGCUCUGAGCGACAGUGCUGGCUGAAGAAAAGCACUUGAAGGCUCAUCCAGGCUACAGCCUACGUGCAUCUCCGCAGGUGCCCCACAGGGAGGAGAGUUCCAGCCCCUCAGAAGAGAGGUUAGUCACUACAUGUCCUGGAUGGGACACGUCACUUGGGCUCCUUCAGCCACACCUGAUUCUCAGGCCCUUCUCCAAGGGAAGCAGAGAUUGGAGUACACUUGGCCCUCUUCCCUGCCUUAUGGCUCUAGGAAAGCAGAGGAGAGCCGUGGGUUUGAGCCCACUCUACCAUUUCCCCGCUAAGGCCAGUAGCUCCUGUGAGCUCCUCAGACUGCUGACCCUAUCCAAGGGAGAAGGGUGGACUGUUGAUAGGGAGUGCAAACUGGGUAGAGCAGGUGCCUUCACAGAGCACCAGGCAUCUGAGCACUAAAGGGCAAAGGUCACCAAAGUCUCAUGUGGCCUUUCCACAUGGUUUUCUGUUCCUACAGAGCUAUGGGAUCCCAGGUUGGAAAUUUGGUUCCUUCUUCCUUCAGCCUUAGUCCCUUUGUACUCUUGCGUGGGGACCUCUCAAACUCUUUAGGACUCCAGGCUGCCCCAAAGCCUUACUCUCCUGCUCCUGCGCAGGGAGAUACUGGGAAGAUGGGGAAGAGUGUGUACCCAAACUCUGCCCUGGAGGAGGGGGAGCAGCCAGAUGGCCUCAUGGGGCUUGGCCUGGAUCAGGACUAGUCCUAGUCCCUUAGUCCUGAUUCAGGAUUAGAAGUUUUAGAAGUUUUUAGCACUCAUGUCUAGCAUGGGGCUGGCCAUGAAGCCAUAACCUGUUCAUAACUAAUCUUCGAAACUGUCUGGGAUCCAUGGGAUCAAAGGAGGUGGCCUCUGGAGACCUUGCCGCCCAACCCCCCUAUGGUACAGCCGCUGGAACUAAGGCCCAGAGAUGGGGGCAGAGUGAGAGGAGAGCAGCUCAGAUACUCAAAAUUUAUGAAAAGUAAGAUGAGGAUGAAAAUAGGCCUGUUCUCCCUAACCUAGGCUGCUGGGUCUGGGCAGCUGAAGGAAUUUUCAUGGUUGAAAAGUUUGGUUUGGACAGGUGGCCAGGGCACACCUUGAGGGGUUGGCAUGAGUGUUUGACCUGGACUAGUACUAUUCGUAAAAAAAAAAAAAAAAAAAAAAAAAGUCAUGAUUUUUAAUAAUCCAUGGAGCCAUGGAAUGAAUGGUAGAGCUGAACCCCUUCCACAUCUGUAACGCGUCUAAUGCCCUGGCUGCGAUUGCAAACACAACUCACAGAUUUCCAGAAAUGGGGGUCUCAGGAAAAUCUGGGUCUGGAUGGAAAUGGCUGUGGUCUACUCCUAAGCUGAAAGCUCUAGUAGUCCCCAAGGUGCCCCUGUCAGACUCUGAACUUGGACAACCAGACAGCCUAGUCAUAAGGUAGAUGACCUGGUGCGCACUGGCUCCACAUCCUGACAGAAAGAAACAGUAAAUGGGCACGAUUUGAGCAAAGACCAUGUGCUCAGAAAGCAACAAAUCCAGUCUCCAGGCCGUGUUGGAAUGGGGCUUGUUGGAGAGGUGGCCACAAGCUGCGUCUUACUAAGAGGAAGAAUCAAAUUCAACGCAGUCUUUUUGGGGCUCCUCGCCCUAUGUAGUAACUAGUCUCACUAGUUUCCGAGUGACAAGCUGAGGCCAAGAGAGCCUGAAUGAUUUGCUCGGCUCUAAACCUGGACAUUCCCAAGGCCUCCAGGUCGUCCCUGGCCAAGGCGGUGGCAGAGGGACUGUGCGCCCUGCUGGACAGGAGGGGGACCGGGCAGCGGUUGCUUUAAAGGGCGGCUCUAGAGCUGCAGGGUGCAGGGUGCAGCAGCCCAGCGGGGUCCCCGGAAGCGCCAGCAGGACUGACACCGGGGGCGCUUCCACCUUUGGCGGGCUGCGGGCAUCUUCUCUUGGCUCCGGGCCAGGCGAGGAGCGGCUGUUGGGCCCCGCCCGGCAGAGGCAAGGGGCCGUAGGCGCAGGGGCCCGCGUGGCCGCGGAGAUGGCGUGGCACGUGCGGUGACGGCGCCCGAGCCCCGAGGGUCCCAGCGCUGCGCCUCGCGUCCCGGAGAAAGCAUGGAGCGCCCAGAGCCCGAGCUGAUCCGGCAAAGCUGGAGGGCGGUGAGCCGCAGCCCGCUGGAGCAUGGCACAGUCCUGUUCGCCAGGCUGUUUGCCCUGGAGCCCGAGCUCCUGCCCCUCUUCCAGUACAACGGCCGCCAGUUCUCUAGCCCGGAGGACUGCCUGUCCUCCCCGGAGUUCCUGGACCACAUCAGGAAGGUGAUGUUCGUGAUUGACACUGCAGUGACCAAUGUGGAGGACCUGUCGUCCCUGGAGGACUACCUUGCUGGCCUGGGCAGGAAGCACCGGGCAGUGGGCGUGAAGCUCAGCUCCUUCUCGACGGUGGGUGAGUCCCUGCUCUACAUGCUGGAGAAGUGCCUGGGCCCGGCCUUCACACCGGCCAUGCGGGCCGCCUGGAGCCAGCUCUACGGGCUUGUGGUGGCGGCCAUGAGCCGGGGCUGGGACGGCGAGUAAAAGGAGCCCCCUGCCCAGAGGCAGCCCCAGCUCUCUGCCUGUUGGUCUGUGUCCACUGUAGCCCUGGCUCCUCCAGGCCUCCCUGCAUCUCGGUCCUUGUCCCCUUGGCCAUACUGGAGGGGUGAUGGGGCAGGAGCGGGUCCCCCCUUCCCAAAUGCACAGCAGGAAGGGGCUUCUGGGUUCCCCUCCUCCCCGCAGCCUCCUCCCCGCCUGCCUUUUGACCUCCCUGGCACCCCCCUCUUGCCCCAUGAGAAGGAGAGAGUUUGGGGCACAGAGGUGGCGUGGGGCUGGGAAGGAGCUCCGAGAGCCGGGGGCUCCUCUCUGUGUCGCCCUUCCUAGGACAAGUGGCUGGGCUCCAGCACCGCCCCCUGCUGCCCAGGCCUGUGCUGCUCUCCUGCCUGCCUCGGGUGUUUGUUUCAGACUUAGGGACAGAUGUGUCCCAGCAGUGGAGCAAGUAGUGGGUGCCUUGGGAAGGGGGGUGCCUGCUCCACCCUGGGGCUCCUCUGGCUCUCAACUGCUCAGAUACCCCCAGAGAGAGUAGUUUUCCUUUGGCAGAACAUCGGGCCCCCCCUGGGCACUCCUGGCGGGAACUCCCUGAUGCUGCAGGGAACAGCAUCAGGGAACAGGACUGGGAGGGGCUGGGAAGGUCAAGGAGGAGGGGCCACCGAGUCACAGUGGCUUUUCCUCAACACCCAGCUUCAGCAGGGCCGCCAUAUCUCCCCACCUCCUUUCUGCUCACCUGCUCGGGCUGGGGCCCCACAGCUGCCAUAUUUAAUGCCCGUGGAGUGCCAGGACUUGGGCAGGUGGGUGGAAGAGGAAGCAGCGGGAAGGGCCAGCUGCCGGCCACCUCUACGACCCUUUUGCUCUCUGCUGUGGUCCUGUAAACUUCGAGGAAUAAACAUGUCCUGUUUGC